GCUCGCGUGCGUACGUGUGUAUGUGUGUGUCCCUUUCAUUAGAUGUUAAGCAGCAUCCCUAGCUGUAUCUGUCAGCAACCUGGAUCGUUCUUCCUCCGCGUUCCUAAAGAGCUGGAGGCCUCCAGGCUUUGCCAGCUGACACCUGUGGGGUAAAUUGUAGCUGUUUUUCUCCUUCGCGUUGAGAACCUUUAUCUGCGUCACAUUUUCACAGAGCCUCUAUGGAAGCAGCUGCGCAUGUCUCAGUCACUGCGGAGUCCCAGGUACCCAAAGGGGUGCAGGUGACAUGGUGGGCGCCUGAUGGUUAGCAAAGAAAUAAAUGACAUCUCGCCUGUGACAUGUCGGGUCCUGAGUUCCUUCAAGACUGUACGUUGGAUUCCUGGAGCUCUUGGUAGUUUUCCGUGCACAGAUAGCACCUGUUAGCAGAUCAGACUGAUUCUCAGUGUAAAGAGGACUGGAUUCCUGGUGCUGAUACAAUGCAAGCGUUAGUGCCCUCAGACAUGAUGGCAGGCAUCUCCCCAGACCCUUCAGCUUUGCCUCUGAGUGAACAAAGCAGGGCCCCCAGAGUGGAUACUCUGAGGGGCCAAGAAAGUAUGUUAAGAGAGGACCUGGAGUCUUUCAGGCAGAAGUUCAGGUGGUUUUGUUACUCACAGGAAGAAGGACCCAGAAAAACCCUGAAUCAACUCUGGGAACUCUGCAAGCAGUGGCUGAGACCAGACAUUCACACCAAAGAGCAGAUCUUAGAGCUGUUAGUGUUUGAGCAGUUCCUGAGGGUUUUGCCUGGAGAGAUGAGGAUUUGGGUGAAUUCUCAGCAUCCUGAGAGUAGUGUGGAGGUGGUGACCCUGGUAGAAGAUUUGAACCAAACCCUUGAAGAAAAGGAAGAUCGUAACACUCAGGCUCCUGAUGUUUGCAAAGAGGAAGAUUUGGGAGAAGAAGCGAUGGCGGCAGCUCCUCCAAGUGCUGAGGUGGCGGCUCCUCCACGUGCUGAGCCACGUGAAGCUGUAACAUUUGAGGACGUGUCUGUGGACUUUACCAGAGGAGAGUGGAAGCUGCUGGAACCUUCUCAAAGGGAGCUAUAUAAGGAGGUGCUGCUGGAGAACUUAGGGAGCCUAGAAGUUCUGGGCUCUCCUGUUUCCAAAUUCGACUUGAUUUCCCAUCUGAAGUGGGUUAAGUUGCCAAGGGUACUGGAAAAAGAACUCUCAAAAGACCCUAGACCAGGAGAGUCGGUAAAAGAGAGUGAGUCUAGAAGUGAAUUGGAUGCUUUUAUGGAAGAGUUGACUUUAGAGAAAACAGUAGAGUACUGCUUCAGCGGCGGUGGCUAUGGCCUGAAGACAGAAUUCCAGAAGCGGCUCGGCAAACCCGAGAAAGACCAUGGCAGGCGGAAGAGCCAUGAGAGUAAGGAGGCUGAGUCAGGAGAGACGACCUCUGAGAAGAAUGUCAAGCAAACUUCCGCCAUGCUCAAACAUCGGAAAGCCCUCUUAACAAAGACGUCUCAGAGGUCUAAGGAAGGCAAGAAACCCUUCAGCUUUCAUUCAGCUCUUGUGAACCGCAGAGAGCUCAGUGGGGGGAAGUCCAGGAAAUGCAGUGAUCGUGAGAAGGACCCACAUCGCCCUUUGUCUCCUACUGAACGUAAGAGACAUCCUAAAAUUGGUUCGCUGCGUAAGACCGAGAAGUGUAGUAAGUGCGGGGUAGACUUUACUCGAAUCCUAGGGUGUGUUGAAAGCUCUCAGUGUGAAAAAUGCAGGAAGAAUUUAUUUCAAGAUGAAACCUCAAGUAAGGACCAGGAAGCCGACACUGAAGAGCCCCGUAAGUGUAAGAAGUGCGGGAAAGCCUUGGAGUACGGUUCAAAACGCUCCGUGUGUGUUGAAUGUAGAAAUGCUCACAAAGCUAGCCCCUCCCUCAAGCCACAAGGCAAAACUGACAGGAGAAAGAAGUCUUAUAAGUGUGAUGAGUGUGGGAAGCGCUUUGCCGAGGAGAAUGAUUUCAGUCAGCAUCAGAGAACCCAUACCAGAGAGAAGCCCUAUGUGUGUAAACACUGUGGGAGAGCUUUCAGCGACAACUCGUCGUUUUGUCAGCACCAGAGAAUUCACACCGGAGAGAAACCAUAUACGUGCAAGGAGUGUGGGAAAUCCUUCACUCACAGUUCUUCUCUUUCAAAACAUCAGAGGAUACACACCGGAGAGAAGCCCUAUAAGUGUAAGGAGUGUGGGAAAGCCUUUAGGCAGAAUUCUUGCCUUACCCGACAUCAGAAGAUCCACACCGGAGAGAAACCAUUCUUGUGUAAGGAGUGCGGGUUGUCGUUUCGCCUCUUUAGCAGCAUCAUGUAUCAUCAAAGACUCCAUAAGGGAGAAAAACCCUACAAAUGCCCUCACUGUGAGAAGGGUUUCCCCUCUCAUUCCCGCCUCAGUCGGCAUUUGAGAAUCCACACCGGUGCGAAACCAUACAAGUGUAAAGAGUGUGGGAAAACUUUCAGGCAGAGCUCGUCGCUUAAUUUGCACAUCCGAACCCACACUGGAGAGAAGCCCUACAAAUGCAAUUACUGUGGCGCGGCCUUUACCCGCAGCACGAUCCUCGUUGAACAUGUCAAAACUCACACUAGAGUAAAGUACGACUGUAAGAAGUGUGGUAAGAGCUUUAAAAGCCGCUCAGCCAACCUUAGACAUCACUGUACACUGUAAUCCUGGGACCGGGGGAGGGUGGAGGGGAGUUUAGUUCAGAUUGUGCCCUUAUUUAAAAGCUCAAAUCGGAAACGACCCACCGCAUCGAUGAGAAGCUUUUCGCCUUCAGUGAGGUCCCAAACCGGGACUUCUUCCCCAUUGGUCCCUCUUCUUGAGGGCGGUCAGUUUCGAUUAGACCUGGUAAAGUCACGUUGACGCGGAGAAAGCGUGUGAAGUGACAUGAUUCUGAGAAGACAAACGUAAGUUCAAAAAACACUUUCCUUAAGGAAUUCUCCCUUUGGUCUCCCUUUCACUGCCGUACCUGGGAAAGAACAUGACGGGACUCCUUAACCUGGGUUCCAUCCCAGUUUGCCAACCAACCACUGUGUCACCUUCAACAAGUCACGUGGACCUUCUGAAGGCUAAGUUUCUUUACCAGUGGAGUUGAAGAGAUGAAGACUUCUCAGUUCUCUUCUUAUCUGAUACUCUGAUACUGCAGAAGUAGUUUGAGAAUGUUUAAUUCGUUGGAAUUGUCGCACCCGGUAGACAAUUGCCUUCGUACAGGUUAGUGAACUUCUAGAUUAAUGUGAACACAGAAUGUUUGGAAUAGGAUCUAGGAUGUGGUGAACAGAACACAUCAGGGAAGCUCCAUGACGUUCGCUUUCAGCGAUUGUUCUAAUUUGCACAAAUCACUCCAUCUUUUGAGUUUUGCCCCAGUGGAUUGAAAAACCAGAGAGCUUGUUCCUGCCGUCCUAAUGGUAACGGUCCUAGGAGAAAAAUAAAAACUAGCUGUUUAGGGUGGAUUAUCUCCCUGCAGUGAGCACAGCCCUCUGUAAGAAUCCUGUAUGACAGAAGUCACGGGAUGUUACAUUGAAUCAGAUUGGGGCCUUAGACUGUUUUAGCUGUGAGGUGAAGUAUGUAUUACACACAAAGCUUUCACUGUUUAGAAAUAGGGAAUUUCGUGUGUUGAAGAAAAUUGUGCUUGUCUUUUAAAAUAUACAAAUUAUACUAUAUUAGUCCAUUAUUUCCACAAGUGCCCAGCUGAGGUAGGGUUGCCACUUUAAAUGCCAUGUUUCUCUUAUAGCUGCCUUUCUUAUGGCAGGCAUGUGAUAUUUUUUUUCUUUUUUCCUACUAUGCCAUUUGGAUUAUACAUACGCUAGAAUCUCAAGGGACCCCAUUGAUAAGAAGUGAAAGUCAGGAAAAGAGCACAUAAGUAAGCUGUAGUUGAUAGUUUCUUUUGUGCAGCGAGACUUCAAUGGAAUGGACUGUACAGGUAUUGAUGGGUGUUCCUUAAAUUUGUCACAAAUGGAAUCUUAAUUUCUAACUGGAAAGGGAAUUAAAGACCGUGAAUGAGUUAUUUUGGGUCUUGGGUCAUUAGAUUCCAGAAGGACCUGAUUGUGGUAUAGAAAUAAGUUCCUGAAGUUGACAUUUAAGGCAAUUCAGGGAGAGCUAAACCAGAACUCUGGUCUUACGGGUAUGACGGAUCUAUAGUGCUGAUCUGAGGCUCAGGAAUAUCAGGAAUAUUUGCUGAUGUAAUGUGCUUAGGUCUGAAAUGCUACCUCUGGAUAUAAGGGUGGGUUCUUCUGGGUGGCUCCUCCUCGUCCUAAAGCCCGAAAGAAUCAGACGUUACUUCGUGAUAAAUUGAUCAGUAUAGCUGUUGCCAAACGGACCAAGUAAACACAUUCCUGACAUCAAAGGAAUCUGGCUUCUAUGAGUCUUUCACAUGGGCUUAAGGAUUUCUGAAACAGUAUAUUGUAUUGAAAUAUGUAAUGGAGUACGCAAAAAAAACUCUUGAGAAGAGAUCUGUUCCAGAAUGUCCUAGGGAAUUUCACAAGAGGAUAUUUUUAUCCCAGUCUCAGUUGGGGAUUGGAAACAAAACUUUUUUUUUUUACAAUUUUAUUAAAAUAUAGAAUACAUACGCUUAAAACCAAGGUUUGCUAUUUGUAUAUGUUUUCGUCAGUUUUACUGAAGUGCACAUUUGUUACCAUAAUCCAUUUUUCAUAACAUCACCCUAAUAAGAGUACCCAUUGGAUACACCAUUUAUAUAUAAUUCUCAUCGCUGACCCUUACUAUUAAGAUGUUGUUUGUCAGUAUUGAUUGUUGCUUGAUAAUACUCUACCAUAUGAUACUUCAUCCAUAUACCUUUGAGAGGACAUUCUCUUCUUUCUCCUUAGGUGGUUGGCCAUUAGGAACAACACUGUGAAUGUAAUGUGUAAGUCUGUGUAGACAUUAAUUUUAACCAUUUUGCUUGGUAGACAUCUACAGGUAAAGUUUCUGGCCAUGUAAAUUUUUGUUUAGCUAUGUAGGAAACUGCCACACUGCUUUCCAGUGGGACUACAUCAUUGUCAGUUCUGGCCAGCAGUGUGUGAAGGAUCCAUUUCCUUUACAACUGGGCCAAUCUUUAAAAAAAUGUUAGUCACCCUGAUAAGGGGCAUUUCCAGUGCUUUUAAUUUGUAUCUCCCUGAUGACUGACAUUAUCAUCUGCCUUUCAUAUAUCUCCUGAGUUUUCUCAAAUUUCUUAUCCAUUUAAAAGUCAGGCUAGUUGAGGUAUUUAUACAAGUUCUUUAUCUGCACGCAGUCCCUCAUCCAAUACGAGCUUUCCCUCACUGUGCACUCUAGGAAACUACAAACCCUACUGCAAAAUAUUUAUCAACCGCUAGUAAAUCGCACAAAAGCCAUUCAGUCUGACCUAGCACCCACAUACUUAAGUCAGUUUUUAGAGUGUCAGGUCAGCUAAGGGUUUUUAACUUAUGCUUUAUGACUCCUCAUAGAAUUUCUUAAAGCCUCAUUUAGCAUUUUUGUCAGUUUACAGUGAUAAGUAUUUUAAUCAGCUACAGUUUUAAAACCAAGUCCUUGUUCUUUAGAAUUUUUCAUAAUGAGUUUCUAUAUAGAAAUUUCUUUUUCAUCAUGGGACAACAAAGCCUCUGCUAGUGAGUUUACUUUUAUUCUUUUUACUUUAGAAUUACCUCUGUGUGCUCUAAAAUGAGCCAUGUCGGUUGCUUUUGGGUCGUACCGUUCUGUGGUGUCCAUGCACGCAGUUACAGCUCCUCUCCAGCCCUCGUCCGCCCUCCCACACUCAACUCACGGAGAUUGACUCUCCGUCCUCCUCUCUCCCAAGUCAUCACAAUUCCACUUCCUUUCCUCACCUGACUCUUGUCAGUUCGUCACACACAUAACAAGACAAUGUGUGUCUUUUUGUGCCUGGCUUAUCUCACUUGGCUUAUAACCUUGCAGGCAUUCAAGGACAUCUUCGGUUGGACUUCCUAGUGCAGGAAGUCUUAAACUCUUGUGAGUCAUGGGGUAGUGUUGAUAAAAGAACACAAGGUCAUUACAUGUCCUCUGUCUCACUGGUUCCGUAAACUAAUCAUUGCUCAUGCAUACGGAAGAACCGGAGAAGAUGGACCUGUCUCCUCUUGGGAGUCUGCGUUAGCAAACUGACUUCCAGCAUGAGUCAUAUGCUAUAACGGAGCAAUGAGAACCUACCAUCUCUUGCUUUAAAAGGACAACCCCUCUGGUCUUUUAACUCAGCUACCAUUAGUUUCUUCUUGAAAGAAACUAAUCUUUCUGCCUAGCUGAAAUUCCUUGACAGAUGAAAUUUUUUUCUAAUAAAUCAGAAGUCUGAGAUUUGAGCCAAUGAAGUGGCUUCUCUUUGUAAAUUUGGGUGUUCUUGGAGACAAUAUAAUCAAAAUUUUCCUUGAGCAAUGUCUUACACAGAUCAUCUAAAACUAAAAAAAAUAAAAUAAAAUAAAAUACUUGAAAUUUUUCAAAUUUUGAGUCAACUGAUUUUUGAUAAUAGGAAUGUAUAUAUUCUGUGAGAAAUGCGUAAAUUUGCUCAUGUUGACACUGAGCAGAAUUGUUAGGUGGCGUGCGGUGUUUGCUGUUUUCGUGUGUACUUUUCAGAGUGUCCCUCUUUUCCCAAAGUGUUUUGGGUGGGUUGUAAUACUUGGGUUUACUUUCACCCCCCUGUGGUUCUCUUUGUGUGUGUGUGUGCAUGUGCAAGAGUCCAGCCGCUGUGUAACUGGCACGCCUAUAACCCAGAACCUGUUAAAAAUCACUUAAGGUAUCUUGGUUAGAAAUUUAGAUUUCAUUUUGCUGGGUUUUGUGGAAUUUUUUUGACUAAGUUGUUGAAGAGAGAUGUAGAUCUGAAGUGCUGUCUUCAGUAUUGCCUACUGUGUAUCUUUAAUACUUGAACUCUGUGUCUGCUGCUGCUGCCACCGCCGCUGCUGCUACUGUAAAUCGCAACUGGCAUUCAUCAGCGAAUGUGCAUUGGACCCUCUUUCCUUCUUUCCCUGCUGUGACACCUACAGUAUGAGCUUCUGUGUCUGCACUGAAUCCUGCCUUAGAAAUAUGCCUUUGACUAAACUUUAAAUAUUUUUCCAUGUAUUUUUACCUAUAGAGUAAUCACGAUUCCAGUAAGAAGCACUUUGAUUUGUGGUUAUGAACUGUACAAGUAACGCUCGCUUGUGCUAAGCGCGUGCUGUGCUGACGUAAUCCUUUAUGACAUCCCAUCUGUUUGGAGACAAAUGUCAUUUGUCAGCUUGUCAGUGCUGACUAGAUAGGUGACUUAUUUGCGUGUCACGAAAGUGCACGCUCCUCUGCAGUGUCAGAGCGCCCUGUACUGUGCAUUGGUUAAAGUGAAUCACAGAUCUACUAAAACAAUAAAGUUGUAUUUAAUGAAGAAUA